AUGAAAUAUUUAACCUAUUUUGGAUAUAUUGAAACAGAUUUCGAAUUAGAAAAACCAACAGAAGAAAUUAAAAUAACAAUUGUUGAUAAUCUUUCAAAUAAAAUUGUUGAAUUUACUCUUCCAGCUACAGUUAUUGAACAAAUUGGAGUAACAGAGCAACAUAUAUUAUUUUUGGAUGAUGCAAGAAGUGGUUAUAUUUGGUUAUAUAAAAUGAAGGAAGAGUCACUUUUUGUUCUUCCACUUGGUUUACCUUCUGAGGCUGGAAGAGAUAUUGAAAAGAAUUUGUGUUUGAGACCACCUAUGUUCUUACCUUUUAAGGAUAUUACAAUCAAAAGUAGAAAAAUGGAAGAAAACGACAAUAAUGAUAAUAUUUUGCUAAAUAAAUUUGAGGCUAGAUUCUCUCAUUGGGAGGAUUAUCAGAAAUUAGGUAAAGAAUUUUUGAUUUUUUAUUUAAAAUUCGUCUUACUAAACAACCAUCCAUCUAACCUCUUAGUAUAACGUUAAAUCCUUCCUCAGAUCUCUACUGUAAAUCAUUCCCUCACUCUUUAAACUUUAUUUCAAUUCUAGGUCCAAACCCUCCAUUAAGUUCACCUCCUGCUCGUCGUUUAUUAGCUUGUACAUCCUUUGGUGCUUUUCUAGCAAUUAAUUAUCGUUGUGUAAGUUGCUCUCUGUGCUCCGUUUUACUCUCCACUUCUUUAUGACAAGCCAGUUGAAAAUUAUGAUCAAGAAAGUUUCAAUUUACUAAUUGAAAAGGAUCCGUCUUCCCCCUACUCUUUUAUUAAAAUGCCUUUUCAUGUUAGAAAGGUAAAAAUUAAAUAAAAAUUUACAAAUU